UCGACGGCACAGGACACUGGCCGCGAGUCGCCACCGCCAGCGCAGAAUGCUGUAGAGGAAAGUGAUCGCGAUUGGCAGUAUCAUCCUAGCAAACAAAAAAAGGAAAUACUGGAUGAAGAGGAAGAGAAGCCUUUGGACAUGUCCUGGCCCGAGAAACGACAUCGACAACUUCUCUACCUAGCCCUUUCGCCAAUUUUAUUUCCGUUAUGGAUUACGCUGCCUGAUGUCAGAAAGGAGAAGGCGCGUAAAUGGUUUCCAUUUACAUUCGUUGGCUCCAUCCUUUGGAUUGCUUUCUAUUCUUAUCUUAUGGUCUGGAUGGCCAACACGAUCGGCGAAACGAUGGCUAUACCCACUGAGGUUUUUUUUUGCUUUUUUCGUGACGGACUUAUAUCUGUACGCAUCCGUAGUUUGUACAAAUAGUU